UGAAUCUGAGUUGCCAUAACAAAACCAAAGGGUAGUUAUUGAUUGACAUGACUAAUGAGUCAAGUGGCAACCGCCACCUGAAAGAUGACAGAAGAGGACAUGAGUGUACUCAAACUGGGCUUCCUUUGCCUGGGUCACUAUCAAGGAAACCAGCAGGCUAAGCUUUUGCUAUCAAAUUAUGCUGCCACAUUCACAAGAAUAUGAAGCCAAAACUGUUUUUCAAUCGCUUUCAUACCUGGUGUACGGAUUCAACUGCUGGCAUGAAGCAGCCCCCUUCAAAGAUCCUGCCGAUAGCAGCGGCGGGCUGAGACCUCCAGCCCCUCCUGUCUUAAGUGGCCGGCAGUGGCUCGCACCGUGACUGUAGCUCAGCGCCUCUCCCUCAGAAUGCCUGCUCAGUGAUGAUGUGGAUAUGGUGAGAAAGCCUCUCUCUCUCUCUCCCUCUGUGGCUGUAUGGACAAUUGCCGUGGUUUUUCCUGGGGCGGUUCACACUCACCACGUCCUGUGAGCUGAGGUCGCCCGCAGCUAACAGAGAGCUGUCACCCUUCAAAAGCGGCAACCAGAGACUGUUCAGCAGAAAUUAACCUCCAACAGCUCCCCACAUCCCAGACACAAGAACAAGCUCAGGGCGCGGGCUGCAUCCAGGUGAAUUUCUCCUCUGAAGAAUUGGGUUUUAUGGAGUACGAGGUUGAUUACUGUAAGUGGCGGUCCUACUCCAGUUCUCCUUACUGACAGAAAUGAUCUUGCUCAAUGUUCUCAUCACCCCAUUGAAUAACAUCUUUGUUCACCUUCUGGUAUGAAAAUUCCAACCAGCUGACUGCUGUUACAUUAAAUCUUCCCAAACCUGUUUGUUCGGUGACAGUCUAUCUGUGUUCCUGUCCAACAACUUGAAGGGGAUCGUUUUUUGGAUGCCUUUUCUGAUUUGCCAAACUCGUUCAGUACUUUGUUUCAGAAUGACGCAAGUGAUGAGUAGCUGCGAGCCGGUAAUGGAGGAUUUUACUUUAAACCCGACUUCAGAGGAAGGGAGUCUACCUUUUCAGAUAUUUCCUGAUCCCCAGGAAAAAUCAGAAAGGUAUCCUAAGAUGACAAAAAGACUGCCAUCAAUUGUCGUUGAACCAACUGAGAGUGGUGAGGUUGAGAGUGGGGAGCUGCGAUGGCCACCUGAUGAAAUGAAUCUGUUGGAAGAUGAAGAGCAUCACCAAAGUGAAUUAACAACUAAACCAAAAAUACUGGAAGAUGAGGAAGAAGAUAUAUCAUCACAACCCAGUCAGAUACCAGAAAUCGAAAUAGACUAUUCUGGUCAGAGAACAUCAGAAAGCUCAAAUGACAGCAGCUAAAAGCUGACAUGACCUGACUGGAACCCCACUGUGAAUGUUUGGUCACAGACUGGAAUCUGGAGAGAACCUCAAAAGGGAUUCUGAGUCAACAGACUUGUUUGUCAGAAGGCUUCAUCUGAAUGUUUUGCAGUUACUUGAAUUUCUGACAAUUAUUUAUAUAUGUGGUGGUUGAUGUUACGUAGAGAUAGUAUUUAUUGUUUCUAUAUUGUCUGUGUCUUAAACCUCAAGGAUGAAGUAUAUAUUUAAGUUUUAUGUCCACAUUUGAUCAGCAAUGUAUUUAGUUGUCUACAUAACCACAGAGGUAGUAGCUGCUUUCACUCUUCUUCCAAGUCAAUCACCACACCUGAUCCAAAUAUUACUUAAAUUGAAAUAAAAUAGUAAUUAUGAUGAAGUAUUCACAAGUAUUCCACACAUUUUAGUGUAAAUGUCAAUUAAGAAUAAGAUAAAAUAAUCUAAACUAAUUCUGCUAUAAGAACACCCACUAGUAUUGUUCACUGGUGCAAGUACCUUGGAGGAAUUUGGGGUUUUGGAAUGCUAGAGGCUUUCUGUAGGCCAGGAUAUUUGUUUCUGAAGAGUUACAAUUGUUUAACACUGUGAUUUAUAAAGCUGAGACAACCUGGAUAGAAAUCAAUUAGUAAUUUGAGGGAAAAAAAAACAUAAGUUUGAGGCCUUGUCAUUUUAAACCUUUUUCCAUUGGCAAGUUGGCACAGCACAGAGCCUAUUCCCGGAAGAAAUGAAUAGGACUGAGAUCAAUAGAGACAGCAGAGGAGAAGUAAUACAAGGCCAAACUAUGCCUAAACCAUCACAUAUUAUUUGUGAUAUUUUAUAUGGGAAGUGUCUUUUAUGUUUAUAUGAGGGUUCAUUUUGAAGUCAAAAGCCUUCAAUCUUUUUCACUGCUGCCACUAUUAAAAACUUAAGUUUAAAUGUCAGUUUAUUUGCAGAACACUGAUGAAAAAUGGACAGAUUUUCAUUCUUCCAAUUCUUUGUUAUAUUCAUCUUAAAGAAUGAGCAGGGUUGGGAUAACAGAUGUCAUCAGAAAGAUAUACAAUAUACGUAUGAGAUAAUAACAGACAGAGAAGUGUAUGUAUCAUAAAGACGUCAAAGCAAAUUCAGUACCAGGGAAGAAUUAUUGGAAAUUGUGUAAGUUGUUAUGGAAUGGUAGAGGACAUAGAUAUACAAUUUAAGCAAUGCUGGAGACUCAGACAAGCAGCACCAACAGUGUCACAUUGAGGGAACACAGAAAUGAGCUACACCUCCAACCUCAUCAUUUCAGUUUAAAAAUUCAAACCUUAAUGUCAGUGAAGCAGCUAUUCCCCCUUGCUCUUGUACUUGGUUAAUUCUGUGACAGAUAUUGUUUUAAUUUGAAGUUCUUUCUCUUACAUUCGGAAAACCAGCAUUGCCUAUCCAUACCAGACUUCUGUCUCAACUACGAACAAAUUAGGAUUCCAAAAUUCUUUUCCAGACCUUUUGAAAAAAAACGUUAUUUCGUUUCUUGAUUGUAAAGGAAAAAAAAAAUCACCUUCUAAGCUUCCUUUACCAGAUGGCACUAUUCUUUCCAGCACUUUGUCUUGAUUUGAUGGCAUUGGCACAACAAAACAGAAAUUGAUUUAACUGACACCACUGAUGCAUAGUACAGCAUUAUAACAGCAACAGCAUAAUUGGUGUGCCAAUCAAAUGCACAACAUUUUAAGCUCUGAACAAUAUAUUUAUUAACAUUCAUUAAUUGAGCUUUUAUGUGUAUCAUUUAUUAAGAAUUAAAUUUGGAAAGCUUGGAAGAUAAUGUUCACUAGUCAAUGAACACAAAUGGAAAUUAUUCAUAACUGUCCAGUGCACCAGAGGAAGACCUAUAUAAUUCCGGUUAACUUACAUCUCCAGUGAUCUCAUUAAUUUGUCCAGUUCUACAAAUUUUGAUUGAGGUGAAUAAAAGGAAGUCUACUGCUGUUCAAAAUUGGGUUCAAAGAUUCCUUGAAGUAUCCGAUCCCCAAAUACCUUGUGCACACUGAACACGAAAAUCACACAAACUAAGAGUGAUGGUGGCACAAAUCUGUGGCAGAAGCUUGUUCAGUCUGGCCUUGGUCUCUUGUUCUUGGGGUUGUAAAUCACUUGGGAAGUUAGUGUGGGCUUCUCUCAUCCCCACCUCUCUCUGCACGUCAGACAUGCUAGAACCUUCCCUAUUAGGAAAGUGGUGGAUUUAAUUUCUGGACCUUCUCUCUUCCAAAUAAUUUGUUUUCUAAAGGUCUGGAAAAUCACUUUGAAAUCCUAAUUAGUUUUUAUCUGGCUUAGUCAGACAGCAGUUAAGUGCUGCAAUGAAAUUCUUGCCCACUCCCUGUUGAGUUGAGGACUCCAAUGUGCCAAAAUGGUGGAGAUGCCUGUCCGAAGUAUGUAUAUGACUGACUCCACAACUUUGAUAGGAGUUUCAUCUGACCAGAAGAUGGGCAAGAUACUGAACCCUGCCCCUCUUUUGGCAAGGCAGUGAUCCAACAACAUAUUGCUGAUUUGUACAAUGGCUACAGUUGUUCUACUUUUUUGAUUAUGUUUCCACAUCAUGCUGAUUAAUUUUACAUUCAGCAUAUUCUUAAACAUAGCCUGAGUUUACAUUUUCACAAUGUUGCUUUCAAUUUUUUCAACUUACGGGAAUUUGAAUUUAUUACAGCUUAUAACAAAACAUAAUCAGUUUUAGAUUGGUACCCUUGAAAAACAUAAUUAAGGUAUUGUCUCAGCUAUAGUUUGCUGCCUUUUGCAAGAUGCCAGCAGUCACCAAAGACUUGCAGCUAUUCCUUGUGCUAAACAUUGCAGGUAUAUAGUCAGAAGAAAGAAUAAUUUCCACAAUUUGAUCCUUGAUUGUGAACUGCACAUAGUUCAUGGUACCCUAUCUUUGUUAGGGCAAGGUUACUAUCAUGUUUACAAAUGCACAAUUAAAAGGAAGGUGCAAAUAUUGAAUAUGUAAGCCGUAUAUCUUUGGUGGUUAAACAUCUGUAAAAAUUCUGCUGACAUACCAAAACAUACAUUAGUUUUCCCAAAGGCUGAUAUUUAUUUUCAUACUGAAAAUACACAAUACUGGUGUUGUGCAGUGAACGGAGAAGAGCACUGAAAUUCGAUGUAGGUAAUAGGAUAGUCUCCAUAUGUUUGAAAUGAUGUAAGUGGUCUAAAAAUAAGACACUAUUUGAAUCAUUGUUCUGUUUCCAAAGAGCUCACACUUUUACCAUUUUUGUGCUAUAGCAAUAGAACCUUAUAUGGCAACAGAAACAUAUAACUCAGUUCUCAAUUCUGCUGACCAUUUCCUAUUUAGUACCAGCCUUUACAAUAGCAUGCACAUUUGUGAUACUGUAACCUGCAAAAGACAGGUCUGACUUUGUUUCUAGUAGUUUGUUCAGCAAGAAGUGUAUGUGCCACUUCCUUGUUUCUACAGUUCAACAAAGUUUCUGAUUCUCCGCUGAGCUGUAAUU